AUGGCGGCUGGUGCCGCUUCAUACAAGGAUCGCCAAUUACUUGCAGUGAUUGGCGAUGAAGACUCCGUAACUGGUCUUCUGCUCGCGGGUAUCGGACAUGUUACCGACGGCCCUGACUCACAGCGCAACUUUCUAGUUGUCGACGCUAAGACCGAGACCUCGGAAAUUGAGCGCGCUUUCCAAAGCUUCACACAAGAGAGAAAGGACGUCGCUGUUCUUCUCAUAAAUCAACAUGUUGCAGAGCGCAUUCGCAAUAGCGUAGACGCCUUCACUGACCCCUUCCCCGCCGUUCUCGAAAUCCCCAGCAAAGACCACCCAUACGACCCGGAGAAGGAUAGCGUCCUUAAGCGUGUGCGCCGCCUGUUUGGCGAAUAG